AUGGCUCCUGCUGAGAACACCAGUGUCUUCCCCGCGGCGGGUCGCUGUGCCAACGGCAGCUCCUCCGCCGACCCCGGGAUGGAUGUCGUCAAGGCGGUGGUUUUGGGGAUGGUGCUGGUGGUGUUUGUCGUGUUCGGGGUCCUGGGCAACAUCCUGGUCAUCCUGUCGGUGUUGCUCCACCGCCACUGGCGCUCCGUGACGCACUACUUCAUCGCCAACCUGGCGGCGGCGGACCUGCUGCUCAGCGCCGCCGUCCUGCCCUUCUCCGCCACCUCGGAGGCGCUCGGCCGGUGGGUGUUCGGCCGUUCCUUCUGCAGCGCCUGGGCGGCGCUGGACGUCCUCUGCUGCACCGCCUCCAUCCUCAGCCUGUGCGUGAUCUCCAUCGACCGCUACCUGGCCGUCAUCCACCCUCUGCGCUACCCUGCCAUCGCCACGGGGCGGCGAGGCCUGACCGCCGUGGCGGCUCUCUGGGGACUCUCGGCGGUCAUCUCCGUGGGCCCCCUGUUUGGCUGGAGGGAACCCGACCCCGAAGACGAGACGGUGUGCCGCAUCACCGAGGAGCCCGGCUAUGCUCUGUUCUCGGCACUGGGCUCCUUCUACAUCCCUCUGGCCAUCAUCCUGGCCAUGUACUGCCGCGUGUACACUGUGGCGAAGAGAGAGACGCUCAGGAAGAGCAGCGAGGGGGGCGGCGUUGAGACGGAGGGGGUGAGGUUGAGGAUACACAGAGGGAAGCCUGAGGGGGGCGGCGGGGGGCCCGCGACUCCGAAACGCUCCACCUUUUCCCUGCCGAGGCUGCUGAAGUUCUCAAGAGAGGAGAAGGCAGCGAAGACUCUUGGCAUUGUGGUCGGAUGCUUCAUUCUGUGCUGGCUGCCCUUUUUCCUGGUUUUACCCAUCGGAUCGAUCUUCCCGUCCUGCAAGCCUUCUGAAACCGUCUUUAAAAUAACCUUCUGGCUGGGAUACCUCAACAGCUGCAUCAACCCCAUUAUCUACCCGUGCUUCAGCCGGGAGUUCAAGAAGGCCUUCCACAACGUGCUCCGUGGACGCUGCCUGAGAACCGGGGGUCUGGCCGCCAAAACCAAUACCUCCGCCGUCGCCGCUUCCUCGUGGGGUUGCUGCGGGCCGCUGUCCGCCUCCACGUCGUCGGUCUGCGAUCCGGAUCGGGCUCCAAUCCGUCGCAAGGGUCUACUGAAGGCGUGGUGUCUCUCGGCAAGGGGAACGGCCAUACUGCAGAACCCCUCCGGCCGCGGAUCGGCCAAGGUCUUGCGCCUUUCUCUCGGCGUUGCGGGAGAGGCCGUUUGAUCGGCGUGUUGAUGCAACGGUAGAAUUAUUCACUGCGUCCGCCCCUUUGUGCUUCGUGGAAACUCUUCCAUACAACUUUUGCAUGCAUAUUAAAAUCCCUCGGAGGCGUCGGAGAGUGCAGUGCCAGCUGCUUCCAGAGCGGCCAGACAAUAACUCUGACUAUAACCUUUAUGCCAGCGUAAAUGAGUGUCAAA